AUGACAAGACACCUCCUUCUUCCGCUAUUACUAUCUCCAGCCUUCACAAAUGCCCAAACUGUACCCGAUGGGCACACUCCAGGCAACACAGAGCACCAGCAUGGUUUCCGUCUAUGCAAUAUGAAGGACGACAAAAUGUUGGUCGGGGAGAUUUCCCUGAGCCAAGAUGCCACUCUGUUUGCAGGCUUCAGUUCCAGCACAGCAUCCAUGGAAAAGUUCGUCGCUGGUAGAACUCCAGAUGGUGUACGACGUGCUCUUCUGAGUUUCGACUUAUCUUCGGUUAACUGGCCUAGUGAUGUGCAAGUUGCGUGUGCAGAAGUUCGUUUGGCUGUGGAUCCCCAUGCAUCGGUGUCGCCUCCCUCGACAAACGGGAUGACACUUCACGAAGUCACAAAGGAUUGGACCACAAAUGGGAUCACCGCUCUAGAUGGUACAAAUGGGGGUGAUGCCCAACAUGGAGAUGCAACUUGGAAUUAUGCUUCUUUCCCUUCUGAAGAGUGGGAUACACCGGGUGGCGACUUUGCUGGAGAUACCCUGUCACGGGAAACCAUCGUCUCCAGCGCUGACGGUAUUAAGUAUGCAUACUUUGGAUCCACAAAACGAAUGCAUGCGGUUGUUAACGAAUGGAUCCGAAACCCCAGUAAUAAUCACGGAAUGAUGAUCAAGGCUGAUGAACUGGCAGAUGAUCCCGUCGGCUACAAUGUGUAUCAUGGUAUUGAAAACAACCCCAGCUUGAUCCCUAAGCUGGUUGUCGUCUAUACGGCUCCCAGUUUGGGAUAUGAGCACCAAGAGCACCUAGAACACCACACACAAAAUCCCAUUAGCAACAAUUUGGGUGGAAUUUUAAAUGACGACCCUUCCAACUCCAACCCAAUCUCCACUGAUGGAAAUAUCAACCAACCCACAGAAACUCCCACAGAAAUUGGAGAUGGUCAAUUCCUUGGUAAUGUCAAGCCAACUUUUCCUCCUAUCAACAAUGAUGCCCAAAAGCAAACUUAUGUCAACCCUGGUAAGCGACAAAGCAACUCCAACCACGAGUACAUUGCCAUUGCAGCAAUUUGUACUGUCGUCUCUGUUGUGCUUGUUGGGCUGUCCGUCCUCAGCAUGAGAGCAGGUGUCCCGCAACCUCCGCAAAUGUCAGCCGACGAAGUAAUUGGCAGCGACUUGAGCCUAGACACUGAAAGAGAAAUAGUAUAA